CCACCCCUCUCCGGUCUCCGGGCAGGAAAAAGUCUGAAAGAAACACUGGUCGUAUUCAUACAAACUGAAGAUUUUUUGCAAUAAUUCAACAAUCUAAAGCUAUGCAAAACACAAAGGACACUAAUGGUAUAGUUUGGGAGAGCUCAUAUAUGGUUAAACAGGAAUUCAGUGAUGAAAUCAUUACAUCUAUGGACAUGAAAUCAGAUGAAAUAUCAGCUAUUUCAAGUUCAGAAGGAGUAAAAACAAAUACACUCUUUUCAAAUUCUGAAGAUAUAAAGCAAAAAUCAACACAAUUUUCAACUGUUAAAAACAAAUACUUGGAGGAAACAAUGCAAGUUUUAGCUUUAGAAGAUCAAAAUCUUGAAAAAACAAAGCCCUUUUUCAAUGUAGAAGAAACGAAACAAGAUAACCCAACAUCAUUUUCAUCUUCUGAAGACAUGAAACCAAAUAUAUCAACAGCAUUUUCAAUUUUUGAAGAUAUAAAACCUGAGAUAUUAACAAUGUCAUCUUUGGAGAGUGAGCAACAAAAUGGUUUCAAAGUGCAGCAACAACUUUCUUCCCCACCAGAUUCAACUGAUUGUAAUGAAAAUUUCGCAGUUUUAAAAUCAGAUCUUCAAAAUGAAUUAAAAGAACUCAAGUUACUUCAUACACAAUUAAUUGAUAAUCUCCCAACAGAAUAUCAGAUCAAUGAUCAGGGACUGAAGACAUACAAGUGUGAUAUGUGUUCUCAAAGAUUUUUCCAUUUUGAUCAUGUUAAGCAACACAUAAACAUUCACACAAGGGUGAAUCCAUAUGGUCAUGAUUUUGAUCAGCAAGAAGUUGCUAUGAUCAGUCAUGUUGAACAGUUUAACAAAAUGAACCUAGAACAGGUAUUCAAUAAGUCUAGUUUGUCUAAAAAGUUAACUACAACUACAAAGUCUAGUUUAUCCACACACACAAAUAUUCAUUCUGGAAUUAAGCCAUAUGAAUGUUAUGUGUGUCAUAAAAAAUUUACACAGAAAGGUCACUUUACAUAUCAUAAAAUGAUUCAUUCAGGAGAAAGACAGUAUGAAUGUGAUAUGUGUCAUAAAAAAUACCGUCUUAAAAAUCACUUAGCACAACAUUUAAUGAUACAUUCUGGAGACAGACCAUAUGAAUGUGAUGUGUGUCACAAAAAUUUUAGUAAUAAAGGUUAUUUUUCAAAACAUAAAAAGAUUCAUUCAGGAGAAAGACCUUAUGAAUGUGAUGUGUGUCAUAAAAAAUUUAUACAGAAAGGUCACUUUACACACCAUAAAAUGAUUCAUUCAGGUGAAAGACAGUAUGAAUGUGAUAUGUGUCAUAAAAAAUUUAAUAGGAAAAGUAAUUUAUCAGACCAUACAAUGAUUCAUUUAGGAGAAAAACCAUUUGAAUGUGAUGUGUGUCACAAAAAAUUAAGUCGUAAAGGCCAUUUUUUAAAACAUAGAAUGAUUCAUUCAGGAGAAAAACCACAUGAAUGUGAUGUGUGUCAUAAAAAAUUUACACAGAAAGGUCACUUUACACACCAUAAAAUGAUUCAUUCAGGAGAAAGACAGUAUGAAUGUGAUAUGUGUCAUAAAAAAUAUCGUCUUAGAAAUCAAUUAGCACAACAUCUAAUGAUACAUUCUGGAGACAGACCAUAUGAAUGUGAUGUGUGUCACAAAAAUUUUAAUAAUAAAGGUUUUUUGUCAAAACAUAAAAAGAUUCAUUCAGGAGAAAAACCUUAUGAAUGUGAUGUGUGUCAUAGAAAAUUUCAUAGGAAAAGUAAUUUAUCAGACCAUUUAAUGAUUCAUUUAGGAGAAAAACCACAUGAAUGCGAGGUGUGUCACAAAAAAUUAAGACGUAAAGGCCAUUUUUUAAAACAUAAAAUGAUUCAUUCAGGAGAAAAACCACAGUAUGAAUGUGAUAUGUGUCAUAAAAAAUAUAGUCUUAAAAAUCACUUAGCACAACAUGUAAUGAUACAUUCUGGAGACAGACCAUAUGAAUGUGAUGUGUGUCACAAAAAUUUUAGUAAUAAACGUUAUUUUUCAAAACAUAAAAAGAUUCAUUCAGGAGAAAGACCUUAUGAAUGUGAUGUGUGUCAUAAAAAAUUUACACAGAAAGGUCACUUUACACACCAUAAAAUGAUUCAUUCAGGUGAAAGACAGUAUGAAUGUGAUGUGUGUCAUAAAAAAUUUACACAGAAAGGUAAUUUAUCAUCCCAUAUAAUGAUUCAUUUAGGAGAAAGAUCAUUUGAAUGUGAUGUGUGUCACAAAAAAUUAAGUCGUAAAGACAAUUUUUUAUUACAUAAAAUGAUUCAUUCAGGAGAAAAACCACAUGAAUGUGAUGUGUGUCAUAAAAAAUAUCGUCUUAAAUAUGAGUUAACAAGACAUAAAAAGAUUCAUUCAGGAGAAAGACCAUAUGAAUGUGAUGUGUGUCUCAAGAAAUUUAGUUAUCAAAGUUGUUUAUCAGAACAUAAAAUGAUUCAUUCAGAAGAAAGACUAUAUGAAUGUGAUGUAUGUCAUAAAAAGUUUGCUAGGAAGAGUAAUUUAUCUAUACAUAAAAUAAAUAUUCAUUCUAGUCUCAAGCCACAUGAAUGUGAUGUUUGUCAUAAAAGUUUCGCCCUUAAAUCUAUUUUAUCUACACAUAAAAAUAUUCAUUUACCAGAAAGACCAUAUGAAUGUGAUGUUUGUAAUAAAAAAUUUAAUCAUAAAGGUCAUUUAUCAGAUCAUAUAAUGAUUCAUUCAGGAGUCAGACCUUAUGAAUGUGAUGUAUGUCAUAAAAAGUUUGCUAUGAAGAGUCAUUUAUCUAGACAUAAAAUAACUAUCCAUUCUAGUCUCAAGCCACAUGAAUGUGAUGUUUGUCAUAAAAGUUUUGCCCUUAAAUCUGCAUUAUCUAUACAUAAAAAUAUUCAUUUACCAGAGAGACCAUAUGAAUGUGAUGUGUGUCAUAAAAAGUUUGCUCAUAAGUCUAGUUUAUCUACACAUACAAAAUUUCACUCAGGACUUAAGCCAUAAAAUUCUCUUUUACAAGGAUAUAUAUAGAACAUUAUUGCUUUUAGCACUAAUACCACUCUGUGGAGGAAGAAAACACACCUGUAAUUUUGUCAUACAGGAUACAAUCCUCAUUGUAUUAUUUGUCAUACAAAUUAAUAAUGUUUAAAAUGUUAUGUAGACAUUUCAUUUUGAAGAUAAGUAAUAUGAAUAUUUGUAACUAAUGAUUUUAAAUUGUGUGCAGCUAUGUUGUCAACAUGAAAUUCAUGUUCAAACAAGGUUAAAAAAGUUAAUUAAAAAUUAUUUAACACAUUAAUUUUUAAAUAUUCACACAAAGAAAGAAACACUUCAAGGAAAGAAUGGAUUUCAUGAAUCACCAUAGCACAUUUAUUAUCUUUUACUAGGUGUUUUGGCUAGCUUUGUUCAGGUUUUUUUUUUUGGGAAAAAAUGAUGCCUAAAUUCUUACCCUUUACAUUACCCAUACAAUAAUACCAACCACUAAUUAACACCAACAUUUGAAAUGCACAAUUACUAUUUGAAUCAUUGAAGUAAUAUUUACUCAUUUUCUAUAUUGAAUAUUCCAUUUUAUGUAAUUCUAAAUUUUGUAUAAAUAAUUAUAUAUUCCAUUAAGCUAAUCAUAAUUAUGAUAAUUGGAUUGAGCAACAAAAUGUAUUAAUUAAGGUAGCUGAAAAUGAUUAAAGUUUUAAGACAGAAGAUACAAUUUAUUAUUAUGAUUAUUAGCCUUUGUG